AUGAGUGUUAAUUAUUAUUUAAACCUGUUUUUGAGUAUAUGUUCAAUAAUAUCAGGCUUGUGUGACAGUAGCGACCCAAGAAGCGAACAAGGAUAUCCCACAGGACUCAUGUCAGUAUGUCCAGGAUCAACCAAACCUGCCAGAAUUCCUCGAAGCCAACUCAAGUACUUGCUCUUCGUAGUUCAAGGUCUUGGUCAAUCGAGGAAGAAAUACACUUACUGGGCUGCUAGGAGCAUUGCUAAAGACCCGAGGAUCAAUUUUCAAAGGAAGACACUUCUUCUUGCAUUGGGCUACCUGGACAGCACCAACUUUCCUAUUUCUUCGAUGCUCGCGAACGAAUAUGAAGCGAGGGAUUACAACGUCAUCAUGGUUGACUACCAGCGCUUUGCCACCGUUCAUUACUACUUAGCUAGCCGUCUGAUGCGUCCUGUAGGGAAGCACAUCGCAGAAGUGUUAACACAACUCACUGAAUUAGGGCUGAACGCUUCAAAAAUAGAAUUACUCGGAUUCAGUCUCGGUGGACAAACCGUCAGUUACAUCGCCAAGAACUUUCAAAGAUUCACCGGCAGAAAUAUCUCUAAGAUAACAGCAUUGGAACCAUCAGGGCCUUGUUUUCGUACCCUUGCACCUAACGACAGAUUAGACGCAUCCAACGCAGACUUCGUUGAAGUUAUCCAUACCAAUAUUGAUGGUUACGGGAUGGCAGCCAGGAUGGGUCACGUUGAUAUUUUCGUUAACGGUGGAGAAUAUCAACCUUCAGAGUUGCUAUUAUACCCCUGCACUUCCACUUGCAGCCAUUUUAGAGUGCUAGCACUUUGGGUAUCUGCAUUAAAAAAUCCAGGCAAGUUCAUUGCAAUCAAAUGUGAUAGCAUACAACAAGCGAGAGACGCCAAAUGUUACGAGAGACUUCCUACAGAAACUAAUUUGAUGGGCCUUAAAACAAAUAGGAGUAAUCACGGCAUAUUCUAUUUGUCUACAAGCAAAGGCUAUCCUUAUUACUUGGGUCCAAAUGGCCUAAAUUCAGAAUAUGCGUCGUGGAAACAAAUUAGCUAUGUUAAUGAUAAUGAUGACGACGAAAUUUAUACAUAG